GACGCGCUGGUACUCAACUUUUUUUUUUAACAAAAUAUGGCAGGAUACAACAGUUAUGGCUACGAUGACAUGAACGGCGUCGAAAACACAGGUGGAGGUUUCAUGGACUCCUCUCACUACGAUAAUAAUGGCGGUAACCAGACUCAGAACAAAACAAGACCAAGUGAACAGACUUUGCGACCUGUUACUAUCAAACAAAUGCUUAACUCUCAGCAGUCUCAUGGAGAGUCCGAAUUCAAAAUUGACAAUACCGAUGUUACUCAGGUAACAUUCGUCGCAGUUGUGCGUCAGAUAAAUCCACAAUCCGCAAAUAUUGCAUACACAAUGGAAGAUGGUACUGGAUCUAUUGAUGUUCGUCAGUGGUUAGAUCAGAUUCAACAAGAUAGUGACGCUGAGAGAGAAAAGAGAGCACAGAUAAUCGUCGGAAACUACGUCCGUGUUGUAGGAAGACUGGCCCAGUUUAAUCAAAAGACACAUGUCGUAGCUUUCCAAAUACGGCCCAUCACCAGCGCCAACGAGAUCACACAUCAUUUCUUAGAAGCUAUCUUGACACACUUACAGUUCUCAAAGGGUCGCUCCAACGGACAAGCAGGAUCAACGGAUACUUUCUCAACGUCAGCAUAUAAUGCAAGCAACUUUAUGGGCAAUAGCCAAAAGAGCGGUGGCCGUGGUGUAAACGAGGAUGUGAUCGAAGUUAUACAACAGUUUGGACACUUGGACCAAGGUGCUGAAAUCAAUCAAGUGGUGACUCGCUUGCAAGGAAAAUAUACCGAGACACAAGUCAAAGAGUCUAUCGAUUAUUUGCAAAAUGAAGGGCAUUUGUAUGCUACUAUUGAUGAAUACCAUGUAAAAUCUGCAGAAUCGUUUUAAUGGAGUUUGGUAUGAAUAGAUGUAUGAGAGAUUUGCACUACGUGGAUACUUAAUGAAUAAAAAGCUAUGAAAGUAAAGAAUAGAAAAGUGCUCCAACUGUAUUUUUUCUGA